AUGGAUUUCCAAGUGAAGAUGGAAGACAUUUUGCCUGAUCAUUCUAUCUUAGAAACAGAAGAAAACAGUAGUGAGGAUGAAAGUUCUCUUAACCCAUCAGAGUCUACCAACGAACAGGCACUCUCCUCUACAAAUUCACCUCAGGGGUUUACUUCAUCUGAGGAUUUAACUUCAAAGACAGAAGACAAUUCUGUAACCACUGAUGAUAAUAUUUGCAUUGAAAAUGGAACACAAAACGUAUUUGAAGGGGAUGGAAAAAGAACUGACAUUUGCAAGAAGAUUGUGGCUAAGUACAUGUGCAUGGUGUGCGGUAAAAUGUUUUAUCGUAAACCUGAUUUUACAGUGCAUCAGAGGACGCACACUGGUGAGAGGCCAUAUACUUGCACUAUAUGUAGCAAAAAAUUUACUCAGAGUUCUAGUCUGGCCCGCCAUCUCAGAGUUCAUUCUGAUGUAAAACCUUUCAUGUGUACUGAAUGUGGAAAAAGUUUCAGUCAGAACUCACAUCUUGUUACCCACCAGAGGAUUCAUACAGGCGAACGACCCUACAGCUGUAAUGAAUGUGGGAAAUGCUUUAGUGGAAGCUCAAAUCUUGUGAAACACAAGAAGGUCCAUGCAGGAGAGAAAUCAUGGCAUUGUCCUGGAUGUGGAAAAAGCUUUACCUGUAGCUCACAGCUUCGUACACAUCUUAGAGUCCAUACAAAUGAAAAACCCUAUUCGUGUGAGAUUUGUGGAAAAUGCUUUAGCAGCAGCUCAAAUUUGGUUACUCACCAGAGAGUCCACACUGGAGAGCGACCUUAUAGCUGUUCUGAAUGUGGGAAGAGAUUUACUCAGAGUUCGAGUCUUGUGGUGCACUGGCGUGUUCACACUGUAGAAAAACUUUUUACAUGUACCGAUUGUGGGAAAAGCUUUAGCCACAGCUCGCUUCUUAUCAAACACCAGAAAACCCACACAGAAGAAAGACCCUACUUAUGUAGUGAGUGUGGAAAAGGUUUUACUGGUAGCUCUGCUCUGGUUAGGCACCAGAAAGUCCAUACAGAAGAAAGACCUUACACUUGCAGUGAAUGCGGAAAAAGAUUUAAAGACAAGUCAAGUCUUGUGAGGCACACAAAAGUUCACAGUGAUGACAAGCCAUAUAAUUGUGCCACAUGUGGGGAAACAUUUAAUGAUGGUUCAAUUCUUUUAGAGCAUCUCAGGACCCAUGUUUCUGGAGAAACUGCAAUAAAUUAAAUUUUAGGGUUUAAUCCAUCAUGACAAAACUGUUUUUGUUUCUCUCUAUUAUAUUUAUUGACUUAAGAAUACAGUGUUUUUCACUUAAAACCAUUAGAGUAAAUGUUUCUCUGAAAGGAUCCCUUCAUGACAGUGCUGGCUUCUUAUUUCAAUAAACUCAGAGCAUGAAUUAUUUUAAUGGUUUUAAUGUUCUGUUGCCUGGCAUAUUUAGCUUUAUACAAAGAUUUAGCAUGCAAGCAUGCACUACAUUUACUGGGCCUUUGUAGCAAACAAAGCACUUCACGGUGGUUUACACUAUAUUUCAUGGGAGAUUCAGUUUUAUUUAGUGCACACCAUACCACUGUAUACAAGUAUUAAGUAACCUCUGCAUGUGGUGAUAAUACUUGUUUAUACAUUAGCUGUUAGUAUUAAAAUUAGUAUGUUUCAUUUCUGAGAAA